AUGGAAGUUCGCGACGUGGACCCGGCCAUGACGCUGAACGAAUUCAUCCGCACCAGGACGGAGUUCACAGGGACUAAGCUGGCCUGCGGUGAAGGCGGGUGCGGAGCGUGUGCGGUCAUGGUCGCUCGUUACAACUCUCUCACCAGCACCGUCGACGAGCGCUCUCUCAACUCCUGCCUGCUCCCCCUCGCCUCCCUGCACCUCGCCGCCGUCACCACCGCGGAAGGCCUCUGCUCCGCGCCCCGCUCGUCCCCCACCGACCAGCCAACUUCCAACGGCGGCUCAGGCGCACCCGCACCCCCCGGCGCGGGGUUGAAGCAGCAGCGGGAUCCGCACACGUGUCACAAGGGCGGACGCGCGGAGCAGCCGCACGCGGUGCAGCAGCGGCUGGCGGGGUUCCACGCGUCGCAGUGCGGCUUCUGCACGCCGGGCAUGUCCAUCUCGCUAUACGCUGCCCUCCGCCGCCGCCACCUCCGCGCGGGAGGAGCCUCCGCGGAGUCCGCGGAGGGAGUGGAGGCGGUGAGCGGGUUGACGGAGCAGGAGGUAGAGGAGGCAAUGGCUGGGAACUUGUGCCGCUGCACGGGAUACCGGCCCAUUCUCGACGCCUGCAAGAGCUUUGCUGGGACCGCUGGGACCGCUGGGACCGCUGGGACCAAUGGCAGUGCUGCUGCAGCAACAGCAGCAGCAGUGGGGUUGAUGGACCUAGAAGAGCUUGGAUCUGCAGGACUGCGGUCCUGUACGGUGCUGGAUAUCAGUGAGUUCGCCCCUGCUGCUGCGUCCUCCGGUCAGGCCGCGCAGAAGCAGGCGCACGGCGAGGGAGAAUGCGGGGGGAGCGGCGGGAGUGGCGGGAGCGGCGGUGGGAAGUGCAGCAAGAGCGGCAGCGGCAAGUGCAGUGGGCUGUGUGGCAAACCUCGCAAGCCCCUCCCGCGCUAUGAUCCCGCCUCCGACCCGCCGUUCCCCGCCUGGCUCACCGCGGAGACCCAGCGCCAGCUCGGCGCGCAGCAGGAUCAGGCAGCAGGGGGAGACAAGAUUCUCGGGUGGGAAGUCUGGGAGGAGUCAGGCGCGGGAGAAGCGGCGGGCAUGGGCGGCGCUGGGACGAAUGGAGAGGUGAGCGCGGCGGGGGAGGGGGAGCAGGCGGGGGGGGAGCAGGCGGCGGGGAAGGUGAAGGCUGAGAAGAAAGGGAGGAAGGUUGCGUGGGUGGCGCCGAGAAGCCUCGAGGAGCUGCGAUCCGUGCUGUUGGGAGGCAAGGGGGAAGGAGGAGCGGGUGAUGGUGGGGCGGAGGAGGAGGAGGUUCGGCUGGUGGUGGGCAACACGGCAGUGGGUGUGUAUCCUGAGCUGGGCCGCUAUGAUGGUGUGGCUUGUGUGACUAGGGUGGACCUGAAGCGCCUCCCUGAGCUGCAGCACGUGGCGUGGGAAGAAGGGCCCAGUGGCGAGGAGAGUGAGGGGGGUGAGGGUGGUGAAGGGGGCGCGCGUGUGAUGGGGAUCAGAUUCGGUGCUGCUGUGUGUCUGGCCGAUGUGAUUGCAGUGCUGGACACAUUGUCAGGGAAGGGCGCUGAUGCUAACUCUCCAGUGAUCAACGGCUGGGAUGAAGCAAAGGCUGCAGGAGCAUCAGCAUCAGCGGCAUCAGCGGCAGCGGAGGUGUUUUCGUGUGUGGCGGGUCACCUGCGCAAGGUGGCAGGGCCGCACGUGCGCAACGCUGCCAGCAUCGGUGGGAACCUGGUGCUCGCCGCGUCUCAGCGCGCCUUCCCUUCCGACGUCGCCACUCUCCUGCUCGCCCUGAACGCCUCAGUGCGCACCGCCACUCCCACCCCCCCCACUGCUGUCUCCGGCACAGGAGCAGGAACAACAGUAGAAACAGCAGGAGGAGGAGCAGGAGGCAGUGACGGGUGGGCGUGGGAGGAGGUCUCUUUGGAGCAGUUUCUGCUGCGCGGCCCUCUGCCCAGCACCACGCUGCUGCACUCCGUCUUCCUGCCCUGCCCCUCGCUCCCUCCCGCCACCUCCUCUGCGGGUCAGCAGCUGGUGUUUGACUCCUUCCGCGCGUCUGUCCGCCCCUCUGGCAACGCCUAUGCGUACGUCAAUGCCGCCUUCCUCCUUCACCUCACCCCCGCCUCCUCCUCCGCCUCUUCCACUUCUUCCCCCACCAUCCACUCUGCUCGGCUGGUCUUUGGGGCGUUUGGCGGCCCCCACGCCAUCAGAGCGCGCCAAGCCGAGUCCCGCCUGCUCUCUGCAGCAGCCAAUGGCGCGCUGACACCUGGCAGUGUUCUGGAGGCGGUGCGGGCAGUGCGAGGGGAGGUGGUGCCUCCAGAGGGGACCCGGUGGGCGGAGUAUAGAGCAGAGGCGGCUGUGGGUUUCCUCUUUUCCUUCCUCUCCCGCCACCUGCCCCAAGUCAACCCGCCCAAGACGAGCCUGCAGGAUGGCACUGCUGCUGCUGGUGAUGCUUCUGCUGCUGCUGCUGCUGCUGCUGCUGCUGCUGCUGCUGCUGCUGCUGCUGCUGGUGAUGGCGUAAAUGGUGACGGAGUGAGGGGCAGCAGCGAGCAGCAGCACGUGGUGAUGAGGGGGCAGCAGGUAUACAGCGUCACCAACGACGUCUUUCCACUCGCCCUGCCCCUCCCCAAGCUCGGAGUCGACCUGCAAGCCACAGGCCAUGCAAUCUUCGUGGACGACAUACCAGUGCCGGCCUCCUGCCUGUACGCCGCCUUUGCAGUCUCCACGCACGCCUCUGCGCGCAUCACCUCGCGCUGCUACGCGGCAGCGCUGGCCUCGCCAGGCGUGGUGGCGGUGCUGGACGCCUCGCACAUCCCCCCUGGCGGGGUCAACGUGGGCUCGAACCUCAUGGGCGCCAUUGACCCGCUCUUUGCCGAGGGGCGCACCGAGUAUUACGGCCAGCCGGUUGCUCUUGUGGUUGCUGACUCAUACCGCCACGCUCAGGAAGGUGCUCGCAAGGUGAUCUGCACAUACGACUCCUCCCCACCACCUGUCGCUGCUCACAAGCCAGCAGCACAAGCAGCAGAAGCAGAACGGUCAGCAACAGGAGCAGAACCAGCAGCAGCAGCAGCAGCAGCACCGGGAGUAUCCGCAGGCGAGGCGAGUGGUGCCACUGCCAUUCUGAGCAUAGAGCAGGCUGAGGCUGCUGGGUCCUUCUUCACUCUCAACCCCAUGUUCCUCAUGGCCCUGCCCCGCCGUGGGAACUUCCAUGAGGCCUUCGACAAGAGCCCUCUUAAGAUCACCGGAGCUGAGGUGGCAGUGGCGUGUGCGCUGGCAGCGCAGCACCUGCACCGCCCCGUGCGCAUGGCCCUGGACCGCAAGGCAGACACGGCUCUGGUGGGCGGCAGGCACGAGUCGCGGGCGCGCUACGACGUGGGGUUUGACGAGACUGGCCGCGUGCAUGCGCUGCGCGUGAGCGCGGUGCUGAACGGCGGGUGCAGUGAGACCAUGAGUAACUGGCUGUGCAUGGCGUACGGCCCUGCCGUCACGCAGUAUGACUGGGGCGCGCUGGAGAUCGAUUUCAAAAUUGCCAAGACCAACCUACCCACGCGGGUGACAGUGAGGGCGCCAGGCGAGGUGCAGGGAGUGCUGGUGGCUGAAGCAGUCAUGGACCAUGUAGCUGCAACCCUGAACCUGGAUCCAGUGCUAGUCCGCGAGCGUAACCACAUCACCACUGACUCCCUCCGUGCCUUCUUCCCCCGCGACGUUGCCCCUGCUGCUCCGGCUUCUUCUGCUCCUGCUGCGGAGGAGGAUGAUGAGGGUGCAAAGGAGGAGAAGGCGGAGGAUGAGGGUGCGAUCGCGGAGAGAGUGUGGAGGGAGGUGAAAUCUCUUGCGAGCUACAGCAAGCGUGCAGCGGCAGUGGAGGAAUUCAACGCAGCGCACAAGUGGCGUAAGAGAGGCCUCGCCAUUGCUCCUGUGCACUACAAGAUUGGAAUCAUGGGCAAGCCCGCACGUGUGACUGUGUUUGGUGACGCUUCGGUUGUGGUGGAAACAGGAGGAGUGGAGAUGGGUCAGGGGCUGUUUACCAAGGUGCGGCAGGCUGUAGCCAACUCCCUCAACCAACUCUGGCCCAACAACCCCAGCAGCAGCAGCAGCAGCAGCAGCGGCAGCAGCAGCGGCAGCAGCAGCAGCAGCAGCAGCAGCGGCAGCAGCAGCAGCAGCGGCAGCAGCAGCAGCGGCAGCAGCAAGUAUGGAGUGGACGUGAGCCGUAUCCGAGUGGUAGAGAACGACAGCAUAUCCCUGGCCCACGGGGGCAUCACUGCUGGAAGCUCCACCUCCGAGGCCUCCUGUGCUGGCGCCCAGCUAGCAUGCGACCAGCUGCUCCCCCUGCUGCAAACCGCCAAAGCAGCAGCAGAAAAGGCCAAGGCGUGCAAGCGGCUCGGGGUGCCAGGCGGAGGCCCAGGGGGGAUGUUUGGAGGCGGACCAGCAGCAGGAGCGAGUGAUGUGGUGGUGGGAGAGGAGGAUGUGGCGAGCUGGGAGGAGGUUGUGGGGCAGGCUAAAGCCAUGCGCUUGUACCUGUCGGCUCAGGCUAACUAUCAGCCGAAGCCUCUUCCUGGCAGCUUUUUCCUCUCCUACUUCAACUUUGGAGCUGCUGUCUCAGAGGUGGAGGUGGAUGUGGCAACAGGGAGUGUGAGUGUGCUGCGGUGUGAUGUCCACUAUGACUGCGGCCGCAGCCUCAACCCUGCUGUCGACAUAGGACAGGUGGAAGGAGCCUUCGUGCAGGGGCAGGGCUUCUUCACAACAGAGGAGGUGGUGGUGGAUGAGGCAUCAGGCAGGCUGUUGACGGAUGGCACGUGGUCGUACAAGGUGCCGUCGUUUGACACUGCGCCCCGCCAGCUCAAUGUGUCUCUGCUGCAGGGCUCUGGAAACGACCGCGGCGUGCUCUCAUCCAAAGCAUCUGGGGAGCCCCCUCUCCUUCUUGCUGUUUCCAUCCACUCUGCCAUUCGCUAUGCCAUUGCUGCUGCACGUCGCGAGUUUGCUAACCCCCAGGCAGAAGUCACUGCAAGUGGCAGUGAUGAGUUUGUGCGCCUGGAUUCCCCAGCCACCAUGGCUGUGGUUCAGCAGGCAUGUGGGUCGCAUCUGGUGGAAGCUUAUCUGGAGAAGCAGCUUGCGGCUUCCCCUGCUGCAGUGUCUGCUGCUGCUGGUGGCGGUCCUGACACAAUUCUGUUCUGCCUGGUGAAAGUUGUAGAGUGUGGUUCCUAUCAAGCGAAGGACGUGUUAGCCAAUGAACAGCUUGAAGCCAUUCAGCUGCGACUGGAGUGCUUGUCAUGUUUGGAAAGGCUGGGGCAACAAAGCGAAGCUGCUAACAGUUCGGUAUGGACAGCAGAGGCACGUGCUCACCUGACGCAUGCGAUGCUCUUUGAUCCAAGCACAAGGGUCCGCCGAACUGCUGUUCAGAUUCUUGCUGCGUCACCCAACAUCGACCAAGACUUGCUCACAUCGAUCGCCAUAAAGACACGCGAUGUUGACAAGAAGGUCAGGCUUGCUGCGUUCAGCAGCUUGCGUGAUGCUCCUAUGGAGCUUCUCAUUGCCAGCAUCACUCCCAAGGAAUGGGAAACAGUGCUUCGUUGUGGCUUGUGCGACAACGAGCCCUCGUCGGAACUGAGUAAGGCAGCCAAGGUCAGUAUGGAGGAACUACGUGCUCCGGAGCUUUUAUUCAAGUAUUUGACAUGUGAUGACAUUUCUGGAUUGCCAUCAGCCCGACUUAACAUGCUUCAAGGCUUCAUGGAGAACUUUGAUGAGAUUAAGGAUGCACUCGAGGACCACAUUGAAGACAUCUUUGAGAAGGAAUUAGCACAGGUAGAAUCAGCAGCGAAUGGUGUGGAAAACGAUGACAUGGAAAAGGAUGACUUGGAACCUGAAGAGAGCGAGAUAUCUGAAGGCCAGUCAUUAUAG